UUGGAGGUUACCAUCUUGUUGCUGCCUGCUCGCAUCAAAAUGGUUUGGAGAAUACCUGGGAGGUCCUUCCUCGUUGGUUGAGAAGCGGACACGAUGGAGAGUGCCCAAACCUCCACGCUUUGACGUGAACUGCCCCAUCGGCACGUCCUACUGAUUCCUGUGCAACAGUAUGGGGACGAAAAAGUGCACUCUGACAGGAAAUGACUGGUCAUCUGCAUCGUAACAAGCAAGUGGAUCUGGUGACACAUCAAUAAAUUGUGAAGAGAAACAAUAAGAUGGAGGAAUAAGAAGAGGUCGAGUUAGAGAAAGAAGACCAAAUAGAACAGAUAUGGAUGAUGCUGAGCGAAAAGGAGCACCAAGAACGCACCUCCAAAACCAAAAAUGUGCUACAAAUACAGAAUUAAAGCACACGGCAGAGUCUAUGGCCUUUCACCCUCCACACCAUCUCCAAUCAUCUCACGCCGUGGAUUCAGGUCUAUUCACUUACAUCCUUCCCUCACACUCAAACACUCUCUUCACCCACUUACGUAGCCUUCAAGAGGAAGAACUACUCUUGGACUGCAUUUUUCCUCCCCAAUGCAACUCCUUCCAAGCUCACAGACUUGUGCUGGCAGCAGCCAGUCAAACCCCAGAUGAUUUUUUUUUCUCAAAACAAAAGUCUGGGCUUGGGGUGGAGGAAAUAGCCAAUCAUUUGACCCCAGUUGGUCUAAGAGUUGUUCUGGACUUUGCGUACUGUGGAGAUGUAGUCGUGGACUUGAGUAGAGAGGGUGUAAUGGAGGAUGUGCUGAAUGCUUGCAGGUGUCUUGAGAUGGAGAGACUGAGGCAAAGGUGCACAUCAAUGGUAGAAACCUCUGCAGCGACAGAGAGUGAGAAGAGCUUGACGAUCAUCAAGGAAUUGUGGGAGAGAGGUGUCGGCUGUGAUGUCACAAUACAAGCAGAGAGUGGAGAGAGAUACUCAGCACACCGUGUGGUGUUAGCUGCAGGUGGCGACUAUUUCCGGGCAUUGUUCUGUGGAGGGUUACGGGAGUGCACUGAGGACGUUGUGUGCCUGCGAGGUGUGGAAGCCUGGGUCAUUGAAUCCAUACUAGGCUUCAUCUACACGGGCCAGCUCAGUCUGGGAUGGGGCCAGAUAUGGGAGCUCGCAGAUGCACUGUUUCAGUUCCAGCUGCUGGGGGCACUCUCACUGUGCAUUGAUUUCCUGUUGGCAAGAAUGGAUGAAAGCACCUGUCUGGAUGUGCUGGUCCUGGCUGAGACCUAUGGGCUGGUCCAGCUGGGGCAGGGUGCAGAGGAGUACAUCCAAGCCCACUUCCAGUGCAUCUCUGCCGGAGAGAAGUUCAAAGAUAUCCCCUGUUACCUCCUGGACAAGUUGCUUGAUAAGGAUUCAUUGUCUGUAGAGAGUGAGAUAGUGGUGUUCAGGGCAGUGGUGAGCUGGGUGGAGGACAACCCUAAAGAGAGACUACCAGUUCUGCCAGGCCUGCUCCACCACGUUCGUUUCCCGCUCCUCAGCAUCUCUGAGCUCAACGAGGCCCUAAACUGCCGCCUCCUUCGCAGGAGUACUAGGGCCAGAGGAUCUCUGGAGGUACUCCGAAGCCUCCUGGAGGGGGAUUACAGGGGGCCUGAAUGCCGAUCUCGCACUCCAAACCACGUGCUGGUUCUGGUCUGUGGGGAUGCUAUCGAUGAGGAGUUCAUGAGGAGGGUUCCCAGCCAGAACUUGUGGUUUGCUCAGCAGUUCCAUCGCGGACCUGGUCUAAUCAGAAGCAUAGAUUGGAGGCCAUUCGCCAAGCUCCCUAAACCGGCCCGGUUCAGACACUGCGUCUGUCUCCUCAACAACAAACUGUAUGUCCUGGGAGGACGCAAGUACUACGGAGUGCUAGAUAUCCUCAAGACUGCCUUGAGAUUUGACCUGUCUCAGUGCAAAUGGCAACGACUACCUGACAUGAUGAGUCAAAGAGACUACUUUUCUGCUGUGUCUCUGGACGGUAAAGUAUUCGUUAUGGGUGGUAACUGUGAUGACAGCCAAUACCUGGAUGCUGUGGAGUACUACACUCCUGAGGACAACACCUGGAGGCGGGCUCACCCUCUGGACACAGCUGUCUGCGGCCAUGCUGCGGCUGUUCUGGAUGGGCAGAUUUACAUCUCUGGAGGCUGUGACCCCCAUCAGCGCUGCCUUCCUUCUAUGUGGCACUACCAUCCUUCCCGUGGCUGUUCCACCAGAGCGCCCAUGACUGUGGGAGCGGGACGUGCAGGCCAUGCCAUGUUAGCUUUGGGGAAGGGGUUAGUGGUAGCUGGGGGGCUGCAGCCGCUCUGGAUGGGCUUUGGAGACCAACUCCUCUGCGAGCUGUACGACCCCACAAAUAACUCCUGGUCCUCCAUCCCCGCCCUGCCUCGACCUCAUCUGUCACCAGGGGCAACUGUGCUUGAUGGACAGUUAUAUGUGUUGGGAGGGUCUUCAGCAAGCACAGAAGGGAAUACCAAUCGGGUGCAUCGAUAUGACCCCAUGGAGGGGUGCUGGGAAAACCUGGGGGAUAUGCCACACCCAUACACAGAUCUGGCAGCUUGUUCCUUACCCCUUCCUGGCCUGCUUGAUGUGCAUUGAAGAUUUUAUUUUUCUGGCACAUGAAAAUCCCAAUCGAGAUAUAUCUUUUAAAAAAGUAGAAUGUGAGAAAUGUAAUUCUGUUGACGAAACUAAGUAACACUUUGUUUGAAGGGGUCUGACAUGACACCUGUCAUGAACAUGAUAAUGUCAAAACCAACCAUAUGUGACAAUUUAAUGUGAUGGCAAGUUGUCAUAAAAAAAAAGACAUUGACUGUCUCGCUUAAUGUCUAGUUGUCAUAAGAAAGACAUCUUAAACAAUGUCAAGUUAAGUGACAUAAUUGACCAAAUGUUGACCAAAUAUCGACCAAAUAUUGACCAAAUGACAACAGUCAUUAAAUAAAUAAUUCAGAAAGACGGCUUCAUGGUUACGAUGGUGGCAUGUUAGUCUAAUGCACACCCCUUCAAAUAAAGCGUUACCAGGAACUCUAUGGUUGGAUACCAUACCUUUUUUCGGUACUUUGGUACUAAAUUAUAACAUUUUGUCAUUUAUUCGGAACACACAAAAUAAAACCCUUCCCUCCCUCUCCCCUUCCAAACCUGUCUGCCUGUCACCGCCUGUCUACAGUGCAGAGUGUGAGGGUUGGCGAAAAUAUGUAGGUAACCUCAACCAGCCCAGUUAUCUCCAAGAACAACUUAUCCAACUAGCGAUGUCUCAGUUUCGUCGGCAUGGAGGAUUCAACUUCUCACUGCUGCAGUACACAGUCUGCAUAACCUGAUUCACUGUGACUUAAAUAAGCAGUAGCGGUCAAUGUAAUGUUGGUCUUAUACUCUCUCUUUUUGUCUAUACUACUCCCUACACCCAGAUGCACUUGCAUGUACUAAGAUUGGGCACCAAUUGAUUUAAUGUGAGUAUAACUUGUAGGUGCUAAAGGACAACCAGGACUGGGCCUGCCUCAAUGAGACCACUUUAGAACAGUCUGCAACAUGACCAGGUUUGAGCAGGUUUCAGGAGUCAAGACAGAACCCAAAUAGAGAAAACACAAUUUAAUAUUGUUCAUUCUGUUGUCUUACUGUGAUAACUUCUAUUACUCAGAUGCUGUCCUCAGGAUAUAUAGAUGUGACAGGAAACAGGAAACGCGUGGUGUAGGUUAAUCAAGGACUGUGUGCAGAGCAGAUAUUAACAGAUUUAAAUGUACAAUAUUCACACUGAUAUGUUCACUAUGCGUGCAUCUCUCUUAAAGUUUUAUUAUGUUUUUAAAGCUG